AUGAACGCGUCGCGUCAGGUGUCCAGCCGGACCAAGGGUGGAGUAGGUGGAGGCGGGGCUCACUCAGCCACCGGUUAUUUCCGCGGCAAUACCCCUGUGGCACUCGCCACCCAGUCGCACUUUCAGCGACCCAGACUCAAACGCCACUCAAUAUCACUCUCCAUCCAGAGAACACCGCGGCAUGCCCCGCUCUCCUCCUAUCGUAGCCCCUCACCACGCCGUCGCGACGACCGCGAUCGCGACAGGUACGACAGAGAUCGCCGCGAUGACAGGCGCCGCGACGACAGGCGGUACGACGACCGCGACCGCUACGUGAAGGAGCGCGACCGUGAUCGUGAUCGUGACCACCGGCGCGAUUACGGCCGGGACGAUAGGCGAGACCGGGACCGCGAUUACGAUCGGCGCGAUCGCGACCACGACCGCGACCGCCACAAGCGGCGUGAAGAUGAGCGCCGGGACGAGCGCCGGCGUGAUGACCGUGAGCAUGAGCGAGACCGCGACCACCGCGAUGACAGGCGCGACAGCCGCGAUGACAGUCAUCUCACGAACGGCCGGGCUGCGUCCGGCACGCCAGGGCCUGGCGACGAGGAGGAGAAGAAGCGGCAGGCGCGCGGGCGCCUCGAGGCUUGGAAGCGGCAGCGCAAGGCGCAGGGGAGCAACGUCACCAGCCCUGCCGGCACUCCUGAGCCCGACCGGCGCUCGCCCGUAAAACCGGUCGCCAAGAGUGGGCUGUCGUUUAGCGCGACUUCGCUAUCCAGCUUAAAGCCGACACCGCUCAAGCGCUCUUUUGCAGCUCUCGAUGACGAAGAGGUCGAGGACCGCAAGCUCGAGAAGCUCGACCUUCCAGACUUUAAUGCCGAGGUGCAGAGCGGAACCGAGGCGGGAUUGGCGUCUGUCGACGAGGACAUGGCUGUGGCGCAGGGAGACGACAACGAGAACGACGCCGUGGUGGGCCCUGAAGCGAACGGGAAUGGGGACGGGGGCAUGAUGGAUGUUGAUGAAGGGGAGGAGGAAGAUCCGCUCGACGCAUUCAUGCGCGAUAACGACCAACAGGUGAAGACUGUCAACGUGUCUGACGCCAAGCGGUCGGGGAAUGUUGGGAUGGACGAGAGCGACGGCGAGGACGAGGAGACUGUGCGCAACCGCGCCGAGGAGGAGCUGUCCAAGGCUGAGGCGAUGCUGCAGCAGGCCGCAAGCAAGAGUCGCAAGAAGGACCUGCCGACUCCUGACCACGACAACAUAGACUACGAGCCGUUCCGGAAGAACUUCUACACUGUACCCGAAGAGGCGGCUGUAAUGGACGAGGAAGAGGCCGAACUGAUCCGCCUCGAGAUGGACGGUAUUCGUAUCCGGGGGACUGAUGCGCCAAAGCCCGUUCGCCGGUGGGGAGCCUUCGGCAUUCCACUCGGGUGUCUGGAUGUGAUCCAACAAAAGGAUUGGGCGGCACCGACGCCGAUCCAAGCGCAAUCCAUCCCGGCCAUCAUGAGCGGGCGCGAUGUCAUCGGCGUCGCCAAGACUGGCUCGGGCAAGACGAUCGCAUUCCUCCUCCCGAUGCUGCGGCAUGUCAAGGACCAGCGACCGGUGAGCGGCCUCGACGGGCCGAUCGGGCUCAUCCUCGCGCCAACGCGCGAGCUCGCUAUGCAGAUCUACCGCGAAGCCAGGCCGUUUGCCAAGGUUAUGGGGCUGCGGCUGACCUGCGCUGUUGGAGGGCAGUCGAUUUCGGACGACAUUGCGGCGAUGAAGAAGGGCUGCGAGAUUGUCGUCUGCACGCCAGGCCGUAUGAUCGACCUCCUCACUGCAAACAACGGCCGCGUCACCAACCUCCGCCGCACGACGUUCCUCGUUAUGGACGAGGCGGACCGCAUGUUCGACAUGGGUUUCGAGCCGCAGGUGAUGAAGAUGAUCAACAACACGCGGCCCGACGCCCAGAAGGUACUCUUCUCCGCGACGUUCCCAAAGUCGAUGGAGGCGCUGGCGCGCCGCAUCCUGAUUAAGCCUCUCGAGAUUACAGUUGGUGGCAAGAGUGUUGUCGCGGCCGAGAUUGACCAGCGCAUCGAGGUGCGCGAGGAGGACACAAAGUUCAACCGCCUGCUCGAGAUCCUCGGCGAGAUGGGCCAGAUGUACCCCGACGAGCCCGACUUCCGCGUCCUCAUCUUCGUGGAGCGGCAGGAGGCGGCCGACGACCUGUUCCGCGAUCUUUUGAGUCGCGGGUACCUCAGCUCGUCGCUUCACGGCGGGAAGGACCAGAUCGACCGCCAGGAGGCGAUCCGCAACUUCAAGAACGGCGAUAUCCCAAUCAUCGUCGCCACAUCGGUCGCGGCUCGUGGUUUGGAUGUCAAGGAGCUUAAGCUCGUCAUCAACUACGACGCGCCGAGCCACAUGGAGGACUAUGUCCACCGCGCUGGGCGUACCGGACGCGCGGGGAACACUGGCACGUGCAUCACAUUUAUCACGCCAGAGCAGGACAAGCUGUCUGUUGACCUUGUGCGCGCGCUCGAGGCCUCCAAGGCAUUCGUGCCGGACAACCUCAAAGAGAUGGCAGACGAGUUCAUGAAGAAGCUCAAGGCGGGUACGGCCAAGGCGCACAGAUCAGGAUAUGUGGGGCACGGUCUGGAAAAAAUGCAGCGUAAGCGCGAAGAGAAGGACCGCGCCGAGAAGCACACGUACGGCGACACGUCGGAGGCUGUCUCGCUGUCGUCGCGCGAGGGCGCCGUGAUCCCGUACAAGCCCAAGACGAACGAUUACAAGAGCAACGUGCCCGAGAACUCGCUCAAGGGCGAGGCAGACUACACGUACACUGAAAUCAAUGUCGACGUCGUCAACGGCCCGGCUCCAGACAAGCUGCCCUCCGGCCCUGCGAUGCGUGGCACACGGCAAGAUGCGAAGAGCUUGCCGGCGCAGACACUCGCGGCACUCGAGCAGGCGCGCAAGGAAGGGCGGCACAUCGACGCAGCGAACCUGGCCAAGAUCGCGAGCAGGCUACAGAAGCAAGCCGACCAUCCGAAGGCGGCUGGUCUCGCUGCCGCGCUCUCCCCAGAAACAGGCCGCAAGACCAAGGACCCCGACGCGACCGACUGGCAUGCCGUCUUUCCCAUCAACGACUACCCACAAAAGGCGCGGUGGAAGGCGACGAACAAGGAGCAGAUGCUGCUGCUGUCCGAGAUCAGCGGUGCGAGUAUUACCAUGCGUGGCGUGUACUAUCCGCCAGGGCAGGACCCCGCGCCUGGACAGGAGCCCAAGCUCCACUUGCUUAUUGAGAGUAAUGACGAGCGCCGCGUCCGGACGGCAGUGGACGAGCUGAGGCGCAUCAUCAUCGAGUCGAGUGUGGCUGCGUUGCAGAACGCGGACCGCAACCCCACGGCUGGGGGGCGGUACAGUGUCAUGUAG